CUCACUCCACUGCUCUUUGAAUCUUCUCGGUUGCUGUCUAUCGUUCCUGCCAUCGUUGGUGCCAUCUACAACAUAUAUUUAUUCUCCCACCUUCCCACCUCCCGUAUCAGUGGGCGUGCUCCCCCUGAACGUGUAGACUACUUUAUUUCAGUCCUAUGGGCUAUAUUGACCGGAUGGCAGUGCCUCUGCCUUACGACCGGGCUCUUGACCCGGUGGCGCCACUAUUAUCCGCCGCUCGCCACACUCAUCCGCCUCCUCGCACUCCAAGCAAUCUGCUGGCCUGCUACUCAUCUGACACUUUCCAUUCUGGAGCACGACAAACGGCCUGUCAUCGUAUGGGCUAUUAUUGGCACUACUACCUGCGCGAGCAGGAGCGUGCAGAUAUGGGUCACGAGCAAUCUUUGGCAGGAACCGAAAAAAGACGGCGCUGUCGUCAAUGGGAAGAUUUCUCCCGAGGAGAGUAGGAGCCUGAGAUGGCGCGGCGGAAAAUGGGGCGGGCGCAGAUGGGAUUGGACAGCGGUCGGCGUGAGAUGUAUGCUACCGGCCGGGGUGCUUUAUUUUCUGAUGGCUUGGGCCGAGCAAUUGAGAAGGGAGUGGUCUGGAUGCUAA